AGAACAGAGCCACUACCAUGCAGAAUGGGGUCACCCGUCAACAAUGAAAAGUGGUCUCUAGCUAUCAGUUAAAGAACUUUACAUUUUUCUAACCAACAAGUUCAGAGUAUUGUAUUGUUUUCUGUCUAAAAUGUUCCGAACAUUAAGUGUUCGCUUUACUAAAAUUUCAAAUAAAUACUCUAUUAUUACUGGAAGAUGUCUGGCAACUGCAGCCAGCAAGUUGGAAGAGAAGCCGGAAAAGUCGAAGCAGCCAGCUGUCAAAGAAUCCGAAUCAUUUGUGAUGAAUUUAUUUAGGGGUGUGGUCGAAAGCAAACAGGUUUUCCCGUAUCCUGAAGUACUGACUGAGGAGCAACGAGAAACUCUCUCCAUGUUAGUAGAUCCAACUGAAAGGUUUUUCCAGGAAACGAACGACCCGAUGAAGAACGACAGCCUGGAGAGGGUGGACGAGAGGUCCCUGGAGGGACUGUGGGAGCUGGGGGCGUUCGGCCUGCAAGUCCCCCAGGAGCUGGGUGGGCUGGGGCUGAGCAACACGCAGUACGCCCGCCUGGUGGAGGUGGUGGGGGCCCACGACCUGGGAGUCGGCAUCACGCUUGGCGCUCACCAGUCCAUCGGCUUCAAGGGAAUCUUGUUAUUUGGCACUGCAGAGCAGAAAGAAAAGUAUUUGCCUCGAGUGACAACGGGAAGAGAGUUUGCGGCUUUCUGUCUCACUGAACCAUCAUCGGGCAGUGAUGCUGGCUCAAUAAGGAGUCGUGCAGUUCCUUCGUCUGAUGGAAAGCACUUUGUCCUGAACGGAAGCAAGAUUUGGAUCAGUAAUGGUGGUUUAGCCAAUAUCAUGACAGUCUUUGCCCAGACCCCGGUCAAAGACCCUAAAACUGGAGCUGAACGUGAUCAAGUUACAGCAUUCAUUGUGGAAAGAGGUUUUGGAGGUGUUACAAGCGGGCCACCAGAGAAGAAAAUGGGCAUCAAGGCUUCCAAUACUGCCACUGUCAAUUUUGAUGAUGUAAAAAUCCCUGCGGAGAAUGUGUUGGGAGAAGUUGGCGGAGGUUUCAAGGUCGCCAUGAACAUUCUAAACAAUGGCAGGUUUGGAAUGGCUGCCUGUCUGUCUGGUACGAUGCGAGCAGUGACGAAAAAAGCGGUUGAACAUGCCACCACUCGCGUGCAGUUUGGCAGGCGCAUUGAUUCCUUUGGAGCAAUACAAGAGAAGAUUGCAAGAAUGGCUCUGAUGCACUAUGUGACGGAGUCUGUUGCUUACAUGAUAAGUGCAAACAUGGAUAAAGGCUCCACAGAUUUUCAACUGGAAGCAGCAGUUUCCAAGGUGUUUGCUUCAGAAGCAGUUUGGUUUGUGUGUGAUGAAGCCAUCCAGAUCAUGGGCGGCAUGGGCUACAUGAAAGAGACCGGCUUGGAGAGGGUGAUGAGAGACAUACGGAUUUUCCGUAUAUUUGAAGGAACCAAUGACAUCCUGCGGCUGUUCAUAGCUCUCACAGGUGUUCAGUUUGCUGGGUCACAUCUGAAGGAGCUGCAGAAAGCUUUCAAAAACCCAACAGCAAACCUUGGCCUGAUCUUUGGUGAAGCAACAAAACGUGCAAUUCGUUCUGUUGGUCUAACUUCGCCUUCAUUGGCCAGUGAAGUACAUCCAAACUUAUCAUCCUCUGCUGUUCUGGCAGGAAAGUGCAUGGAAGAAUUUGGGAAAGCUGUAGAAAGCAGCCUGAUGAAACAUGGCCGAGGCAUUAUCGAAGAGCAGUUUCUGCUCAACUGUCUUGCCAACGCCGCGAUUGACACGUACCUGAUGGUUGUGGUGCUGUCUCGAGCUUCCAGAUCGCUCCACCAGGGGAUUCCUUCGGCCGCACACGAACAACUUAUGACACAAGCCUGGUGCCAAGAGGCCUCUCGUCGAGUCAACAAAAAUUUAAGCAGCAUUGGUUCGAAGGUAGUGGAGAACUACUUCCAGAAUUUAACUUUGAUUUCUAAAAAUGUGUGUGAUUUUGGUGGUUUUGUACAGACAAAUCCACUAGCACUUUGAAGUGAUCAGUUUUCAGGUUUUCUCCCAAAGUAAAGUUUUUUAUGUUGUUAAGGUUAGAUGUGAUUUAGAAAUGGAAAUUGUUAAAAGAUCAAUGCAAAUUCAUUUUGAUGCAGAUUGUCUUUGUAUAGUGUUAUACAAUACUGCCAUUACUGUUCACUAAUAUUGUUUAAAUGUUACAUAACAUGGUUCCGCACAAAUUUGGUAAUCACAGUUGAAAUUAAUCAACAUAUUUCAUUGAAAGACCAUGCUUAACUCUUGCCUCACAAGUAUUUUUUUAGCUGAAAUAAAUUUUGUCUACAUAAUGAGCAACAUUUUGCCAAAUUAUUGGUUAUACUCUUUAAAAUGUUGUUCAAAUCUUGAUUAUAUCGUAAUGUAUAUGUAUUAUAAUUUGAAUAUCUAUGAUUGUCAUAGAAUUACAGACAGUGAGUUGCUCAUAAUUAGUAUAGUAUAUCUAUGAUUUAAUGUCAUUUUAUGCGUGUACUUUCUUUUGAUGUAGAGUAGGUAAGUCCUCGAUUAACGAACAGGUUAUGUUUCAGUAAAUUGUCAGUUGAGCUAAAUCGCGCUUUAAUAUCUGUCUGGCAAAUGCACUCGUAACUAUCCACCAGUUUAAGGCUGUGAAACGAUUCACUGUAUGGUGAUGGCAGACCUUUCACAAUCCUAGAAGAAUAUUUUCAAUCUCGACGUGUGUAAAUCUCCCUCAAGUGAGAGAGUGCACAUAACACAUGCCUUUUGAUGGAGGGGCGUUUAGACAGUGGAGAGGAGAAAACUCGCAGCAGAACUUCCUUUUUCCCGUAACUAGAGUAUGAUUUAUUAUGUUCUUCUUUCAACCAUAUGGCUACGUGGAAUUAAACACGUAGGUACAUAAUAAGAUUUCACUGACUACAACAGACUGUAAGAACUUGAUCUAUAUUUAUUUCGGGUAAACACACCGUGAUCGCGCAGUGCCGGUACAACUAAGGACUAAUGCCUGACUAAAAAAACUGCUUGGAAUAGAAUGGCUUGAAUUGGCUUAUAUAUGUCAACUGCCUGGCAUUCAGUGAACAAUCUGCACGGAUACCCUAGUCAUACUAAGCCAAUGGAAGGGCUGAGUUGGCUGUCGUUUUCUGUGCCAUGCACAUCUUACCCUUGUUUUUUGGUUUUAUAGGCACAGGAGAAAAGAUAAUGCAGACUCUCUUGUAAAACUAUAGUAUCAUCCUUCAGUAACCAUUAUGCAUGUGUGCAAGAGUUAUUCAGUGCGGAAGCAGUGCAAUGCUAGGAUAAGAGUGUAUGUACAGGCUGUUCAAGAAGUAACAAUCCCUCACGUUCGUAAGUUGCUAUGCGGAAAUGUCAGCAGUAACGAGUUUGGCAUCCAUAACCAAAUUGAAGGCAACAAAAUAUUGUGUCCAUUAUAACAAGUUUCCAUUUAUCGAGGACUUGUAAUUGUUUGUUGUGAGGAAAUGUCUACUCUUAUAGUAACGCUGUUUGUUUUUGCAUUGAUAGGUACCUGGUAUCACUGUUUAUCAUGGUGUUUUUUACUUUGGCUUUUGAAGUUUCCUUUUUAAAAAUAGAAUUAUGUGCAAUACAACAUUAUUAAAUAUUUUUUUUCCUUGGACUAGUUUUUUUUUCCAAUAACAUUUGAAAUAUUACUGUGUAAAUUGUGAUUUUGAUUGUACCUAUAUUUUAAUAUUGACAUAUAUCUAUUACUAUUGCAGAAGUUUUGCAAUUUUUUUUAAAUUGCUUAUUGUAAAAUGCCAUUUAGAAAGUUGUGAGAACAAUUUUAAACUCUUAAUUCCAAGAAAACUGUUUGCUGUGCUGAAUUGUCAAGGUGACAAGUCAACACAAAAAUAAUAUUUUUUAAAUUCCAACAGUUUUUUUUUGAAAAUGAGGAUUUUAGUUGUUUCCACAAUUUCCCAAAUUGCACUACGUUACCUUUUUUACAAUAAGCCAUUCAUUUGGUUUUUUACUCACAUGCUGUAUUAACGUGAAUUAACUCUAGUUUCCAGUGAAUCAUUGCAUAAUUUGUACUAAACUUUGUCUGUCAAGUCAUUGUGCCUUUAUAUAGCAAGUUAGUUAGUAUUUCAUAUAUUUAUGUUACCAAACAUUUACACCAUAAUGUUAUUGUACAAUUCAUUGUAACAUAAUUUUUUAUAAUAGUUCUAAAAUUGUUGUGAUAAGUGUUAAAUAUUUUUAUACUUAAAUAACCCUAAGCUAACAUGCUGUUAAGCAGAUUGUAUUGUACAUAUGUAUAUGUAUUUACUGAAAAUAGGAAAAAAAUACAAGGGUUUGCAAGUACCUACAUACAAUGUUUGAUUGUUAGUGUUUGUGCUGGAAUAAAUUAGAUUAGUUUAAUUUUUUUCUUUUAUAAGUUGUAUGAUAACAGCAAUAAAACAUUUGCUAAUAAAUGUCUAGACUAGAGCUGGGCGGGAUGGCAAUUUUGGUUUGGGAAAAUUUUGGGUGGUAAAAAAAUAUUUCCGGUGGGAACAGGACGGAUCAAGAAUUGUGUAAGGCUACAAAUUUCAAAAAUUUCAAUACUUUGACAAAGGAAGUAUUGUGUCAUUUUUAUUUUGAAGUCCAAUGUCUAGUUUUAAUAAAUUGAAAAAUGUAGGUAAUUUACUUGAAAUGCAAAAUACCACGAAAUAAGGCUAAAUUAAUUUAAUUUUAUGAUAUCUACAAAAUUAAAACAUAAAGUCUAAUUUGCAAAAUAGUGAUGAUAUUAGCUCAUAUUUACUCCUUAACUAGAGUUAUUCACUCAAUUUAGUUAUUUAUGACUGCCACAUACCCAUUCAAAAAAUUACAAACUAAUUUACAGUGAUAUCCUGUCUAAUCUGAAACUUUAAUUUUGUUAACCUUAGUUUAUUUUGUUUUCAAGUUACUGGUCGCAACAUCUAGAUAAAUGCAGAAAGUAAGCUAUUGCUGUGUGAAUAUGGAGGUGGAAGAUCGUAACACUCAAUUUAAACAUAUUUUCAACUAAUGUGUUCAUAUUUUGCCCAUAGCUUUACAGUUCCUGUUUUUUUUUGUUGAAUGUUAUUAAUGGUCAUAGACCAUUUUGUGUAAUUUUUUUUCUAAUACCAAUAGCCAAUAGGUGUUACGAAACAAACAAGUAGUUGUUUCUUACACGUUUAACAUGUUAAAUAGUUCAUAUUUUCAAUCAUGGACAAGAUUCGUUCCUUAACUAUUCCAUGACAGUAGUGAAAUAACUUAAUUUUUUAUAUGUGUCAAAUGUUGAAUUAAGUGCUUGAUUAUGAAUAUGCCUCUGAAUGAAUGUUUUUAUGCCACCAUUAAUAGUUUUGAGUUUGAACUGCUGAAAGGGGUGUUUUUUUGAUUGUAUGUAUGUAUUGACUUUUGUUAAAGUGCAUUUUUUUUUUUAAGUAGAUUAAGGCAAAUUUUGGCACAUUAACUGUAUACUACCGCAAUAAAUUCAAGAAACAGUUAAAGGUAAUUUCCCGUCCGAUGUUUCGGACGUUUCAGUUUCUUCUGAAAAAUUGGGAUCUUGCUUAGCGUUAGCCUAGGCACAAAAUUCACAAAUGUACUAAGUUUUUAUAAAGGACCCUUGUGAAUGCCAUUUUGGCUAUGAAUUUAUGUAUCUUAUUGCUGCGAAAAAUUGCUUUUGGUAUUUAUGUAUUUAUUUAUUAUAACUAGGCCUAUGAUACGAGUUUCAUAUAAUUCAAUUAGUUUACCGUGUUUUCUCGUAUAAUCGUCGCACAUUUUAUUCUAAAAUCAAGUUUUAAAAGUAGGGGUGCGACGAAUAUGCAGGAAAAAAAAUUUUUGUUAGGUAAAGUUAUUCAUAAAAAAAAACCCGUUCAUGGAAAGUACGUUUAUUUAAAAAAAGGUGGAGUAUACAAGAGCACGCCAAACAAUCUCUAUUAAUAAUUCCUUAAACAAAAACCUUUCUUCAACUUUAAAUAGAAACUCUUAACGCGAACGCAAGCCACUUGAAUCUGACGUGAACUAACAUGUACACACUUACCACGAAAGAAUGUGGGCUAUCAAAUGUAGUUAACUCGGCACCUGACAGAGAGCGCGUUGUAUGCACUCGGUGAGAUAUCUAUAUCUGACUACAUCAGCGCGCUCUAUACUGGUAGCAACAUAACCAAACAUGAAUGAUGCGCUGGCUAAAUUUUUAUAAGCGGUACGCCGCGGCAGCGCAGACAAUCAGAUAAAGGAAAUAACAUUAAAAAAUGUCUUUAUAAGAAAAUUUACACGUCAAACAACUUCGUAUUUCCGUUAAUUAAAUAAAUAAGUGGUAAUGACCGAAAUUAAAUUUUAGAUUAUACCUACACCGCGGCGACGCAGACGAUCAGAUAAAGGAAAUAACGUUUAAAAAUGUCUUUUUAAGAAAAUUUACACGUCAAACAACUUCGUAUUUUUCCGUUAAUUUAUUAAGUGGUAAUGACCAAAUAAAUAUUAGAUUUCUACUUUAAAAUACAUCGUUUAUACGGAAAAGAUACCUACACAAAGCGCUCGGCAUCUACUAGCGGGACCAAAAACAUCAUGCGACAUUUACACGAGUUUUUUUUAUCCCAAUUUUGACAGCUUAAAAUAUGGUUGCGACCAUUGUGCGAUAAAACACGGUAAAUGUUGAGAAUUUGUGAUUCAUGUUUGUAAGAUGUAAAUAGUUAUUUUUUUAACUCAUUAAUUUUCUUGUUUUAUCAUGACUAUGUUCACAUAUUUCACAAUUAACACAACACUGUUUUUUCUCUAGCAUUACAACUAUUAAGUUUUUACUAACGUAAUGACUGAGUCUUUAAUUUUAUGGUUUUUCAGGACUGGUUGUAAAUGAUGUAUAAAAAAUUACAUUUUCUGUAUAUUGAUUAGUGUUUACAGUGUCUGUGAAGGAUGAUUAAUUAACCAAACAACUGUAGUUACAUUAUACUCUUAAAAUAAUAUUAGCUGACCAAUUAUUGGUUAUAACAUAUUCAUUUAAAAUUUUUCCAUACAACCAAUAUUUUGUGACUUAAAAAAAAGUUCAGCAUUUUGGAAGAGCAUUUAAAGAUGUUUCCAAAGUGCAGUAUGGCUAACUAUAAAAGUAUUUUGGAUGCUGGUUAAGACAUCUGGUUUUAUGCCUUCAUUAAGUUGUACUUGUAGGUUUUUAGUGUUAUAAAAAAACUGUUGUUAAUUUGUCAGUAAAAAUAAAGUGAAUUAAAGUUACAGUUAAAGGCUAGUAGUGUUUUAUAUUGCACUAUUAUGCACUUAGUAUUUAGUCUACCAGUUAAUAUCUUAAUAACUACAUGAUAAUGACUAAAUACUUGCACCCAAGACUUGUGGAAUAUAAUUAUUCAUUACGUCACAUACAGCUAAAAAAAUUUACCCCUAACACCUUGCAAUUUCUAAUGAUAUAUACUUUUAUUUUACUUUUAUGUGUACUUUUGCUAACUCAUUUUUUUUUGUGUAUUGUGACUAUUGCUUACGAUAUGACCUAACAAAAAAGUCUAUAUAGUGGACCAUCUAAAUGUUUCAAAAUAUAUUUCUGGUGGUUACACAUGUUUUGUUAACUGUGUUUAUAAUAUUUCUGGAUAUGCCAGAAAUAUUAGGUUUGACACAUCAAUAUAUUUCUAAAUUCUCUGUGUAAAAACAGUUCCGUUAGAGACCAAACAAAAAUUAUGUAAUAGGUAGAUGAUGUUAUGUGCUUUUUAUUUUUAAAUGCCUCUGGAUAUGAAGUUCAAAUGUAUAGUGUAAUGCCAGAAUCUGCAUAUUUUGAGCUGUGGAAAUAUAUUUGGGGCAAGAAAUAUACCUAGCAAAACUCUGAUUUUGGUAAACCCCAUGUACAGAAUUGCAAGUAAGUGUUGCUGUGCCUAUAGUUAUCCUAGUCAAGACACUUAGUUUUCUAUAAUUGUGAAAACUUGGCACAUUUUGGUAAAAUAAAAUUUAUUGUGCAAGUGCAUGUAUAAAAAUUAGUUCAUAAUAAAAGAUUUUUCCAAAUAUGCCAGAAAAAGAUUAUAUGAAUAAUAAUUUGAUUAAAAUGUAAUUCCAUAAAUUAUAAGAAUUUUAAUUCCAUGGUUACUGAACACACUUAAGACUUUAUUGCUGAAAAUAUAUUUUGUUUUGUAGUUUCACAUGCACUGAAUGACUAAACCUAGAACUACUAGUUCUAAAAAUUUAUUAUGUGGCAUCCAAAACUCUUAUUCUUCCUUAACAUUUGGGAAAUUUGAUGCAUGAAAAUAUUAUUUUACAUAGUUAUUUGCUGUAGUGUGAAUAUUACUUAUGGGUUCACUUAAGUCACAAAAAAUUAUAAAAUAGUACCUUGGAAAUAAAGAUGACAAUAUUUUAAAAGCAUUUUGUAUUUUUUUAAAAUAGUACAAGUUUGUAUUAUAUUACUGAUUAAUUAUACUACUGUUUAUUUGUCAGAUAAGAUCUGCCAACCUUCCCCUUUUUGCACUAAAUAUCAGUAAAAAUGAAAUCUGUAGUUACAGUAUGUUUUUUAAAUGCUCAUUUUUUACAGGAUUGUAAAAUAUGAUACUAUUAGUUUUAUCUUAAGUGGUGUAAAUACUGUUAUAAAAACUUGUGCAACUGUAUUUUUUUCUUUAUAAUUUAUUUAAUUAAGUUCUUUUCAGUCCUGUAUAAGUUAAUACAUAAACCUUUUUCACAAAAGAAACAAAUUGUAUAAUGUUUAUGAAAAGUGAGAAAAAAACUUUAAAAAGCUUUGGUAAAUAACAGAAACAGACUGUGGAAUAUUUAGCCAUUAAAAAUAGUACAUAUCUCCCAAAUAAGUAUUAAUUUAAGUUGCAAGCUUUCUUGGGUCUUGCAUAGGAUUUUAUUUUAGACACUAUCCCGGCAGUCUCUUCCAAAUAAAUUAUAAUGUUUUCUUUUAUUUUUGGCAGCACGUAAUGAUUGGGAAUGUUUAGUCUGGUUGAAACAUGCAGGGGCCUGAUGAUUAUGAGACUUUCAUUUCUAUGCCAAGCAUUGAAUGUGCAGUAUUCACAUGAACAAUAUUGUUCACUUGAAAGCAAACACUGGGACUUUUGAAUUUGUUUCAGUGAAUGUUUUAGCAUUCAUCAACAAGAAUCCUUGUUUCCAAUGUUUAGCUUAUCUCGUGCUGCUUUGAAGGGGGUCAGUGGCAGAGUUGCUUCCCACCUAGGCUCCUGGGUUUGAAUCCCGGUGGGGUUGAAUAAGUGGCCGGCAUUGCUAUGGCAGUUUCACCCACCCACCUGCCAAUGCGUCAUUAGAAUCUCAUCACUUUUCAUCGUUUAUAAUGAGUUUGUUAUAGAUGUGUUGUUAAGCUCAAUUGAUUUCAAUUUUUAAAGAAAGCUUAUUUUGAUUCAAAUAAGAAGUUUCUAUCAAACUUUUGGAUCUGUGUGUUCUGUAGAAUUUAUGAAGUCGUAAACAUUAGUCAUAAAUUAAAAGUUUUCUGCCUAUCCUUAAUAUUUGUUUUUUAUUGGGAUUUUUUUAAUUUUUGGAUAACAUUUAUUUAAUUGUAAUUAAUAUAUUUUCACUUUGAGUAAUGAAGAUUUCCUCCGAUGAGUUAAGUACUUGAUAAUAGUAGUAGUAGUAAUAUUAGUCGUUCUUUGAAACAUACCAUUUAAUGUUUAAAUUUAAUAUUUUUGUUAAUUUGAUUGAGUUUCUUACUUAUUGUGUCAUUACAAUAAUUGUCAUCAUUUUCAUAAGAUUAAAUAAUCUAUUUUGGUUAUGUCUUCAAUAGUAUAACUUACUUUUCAAUAAAAUUAAUUUUUCUUUUUAUGAUUUUAAAUUUUAAAGUUCUUUUCAUUUUGAUAUAAAAGGCAAAACAGCUGUCUCAUGUAUACAUUUACUUACAUUGCUCUCUGUUUAGUCACUUGUAUUUGUAGAAAAGUUCAGAAAAUAACUGUGUCAAAACAAAGGAAUCUGCAUACAUAUUAAUCUUAUUCAAUUGUUUAGUCACAUUUACAGAUUUCAUACAAAUUAUCGUUAUGCAGGAAUCAAAAAGACUAUGUCCUCCAAUACUUUAUGGAACACUAGGAAAACACUUUUAUUUAUAAACAUAUCACCAGUUGGCAAUUUUUAAAAUGUAUAUAUUUUUACAUUGUAUAGGACUGUAUGAUGCCUAAGAUGAUACCGAUAUGUAAUGGCUUGGUGAAACCAGAUUUGUACGUUUUUUGCCAUGCCUAUGUUAUUAUAUCCUGUUAAUAUUAAUGGCUUUUGUAUAUAAUGCAUUAUAUCAUGGUUUUAUUUCUUGGGGGUAUUUGUUUAUUGAAGGUAAUUAAAAUUAAAAACAUGCUGAGUACAAGCUUGAGUGUAAAUAUUGCUGUUUUUUGACUUAAGGAAGUAAAACAUAGGUGUUUUAAAGUGUGUUAUGUCCCUACAUUAAAUUUAGCAACUUUUUAGUACACUUGAUAAUAGUAAUUUAUUUGUAACUCUUUUGAACACUAUAAAUACUUGUUGAUUGAGAACUAUGUUUUAUCUUAGCAUUUGCAUUUUCAAAUAACUUUGUUUUUGUAUGAGUAGUUUUUCAUACAGAAAAACUGACUAAAAAAAAUAGUUUUAGGUCAGGUACAUGCAUUAUUAACUGCUUAAAAUUAAAUACUUUAUAAUGAGAAAUUAAUUUUCAAGGCUUUGUGCAUAAUUACUCAUUUUCUGAAAUUUUGUAAAAUUUUUGCUACUGAAUUUUGGCUUAUCCUGUCACGCAAGUCGGUAAUCCUGACAGUGUUCUUUAAAGAAUACUAAUCCUGACAGUGUUCUUUAAAAAAUACUAAUCCUGACAGUGUUCUUUAAAAAAUACAUAACAUCAUUGUCUUUAUCUUACCCACACCUAGCACAGAUCCACUUGGAGUGUCACACUUGUGGUUCCAGAGUGUUUGGCUUCGUGUAGGCUGCCCUUGUCCUCCCUACACAACAAGCACGCUGGCUCUGCAGAGCGCCUACUUGCCCAUUGCAGGGUAGGCACUCCUGGUUGUCUUCCUUUGUGUCGUACCAAAACACUUGAUUAGACUUACCCACUGCAGAUUGUCAAAGGUUGAUAAGAAAAAAAAUUGUAGCAAAAGUUUUGGUACAACAAAUAAGGCGGUAUAGGAAAAUUUGUGUAACAUACGUUGUUAAAUAAUUAAUCUGUGUAAUUAUUUUGAAGUUACUUUAUUAUAAAUUAUUAUUAAAUUUUAUUCUGAGCUAGAAUUUUGUCCUACUAAAACAACAUUUUAAAAUAAUUUUUUUACUGAACUGUUAUAAUCAUGUUGUUUCCAGCUGGAACAUCAUGACUUAAUUACUUAUAAGACUGUGAUAAAAUCUGUUGCCUGAUAUAGUCUGUGUCAUGUAACUUGUCUCAAAUUUGACAGUUCUUUCAAAGUAGUACCAAUGGUCUACGUAUCCUUCUGCAAUUGUUCUGUCAAGAGUGUUUGUAAAAACUUGAUGUGGCUGACAGUUUCGUAAGCAUGUGAUAGUUUGCAAGUAGUUUGCAAGUGACAGUUGGGAAUGGGGGAUUACUGGUACGGCUUUAAGGAACUUAAAAUAUGAAAACAGUCACAUAUCACAGGCUAUUAUGAGGGUUGCCUGAAACGUUUCUGACCUUAAUGCGAAGAUGGCAGCAUUCCUGAACAGAUAUUGGAUAAUGUGUUUGUGCAUGUACUUGGAAUGCUCUCUCUGAAAUUUCAGCUAUUUUGGACAUGCAUUUGUUUUUUUAACAAUCAUUUGUCUGAGAAUAGUUGUUUACGAAGGUGUUGGCCUCCUCAUUCGAAAAAAAAAGUCUGUUCUACGAGCGCAACUUUUAGCUUGAAGACAAAAAAUAAAAGUCAUUUGGGUUUAUAUCUGGUGAGUUAGGAGGGUGAUCAAGCAGUUCAAAACUGUAAUUCGUAGAUAUUCUCCAUGGCAACUGCUGAGGUGUGAGCUGGUGCAUUGUCUUGGUGAAACAAAAUUUUUUGUUUGUGCAAAUGUGACCUUUUUCUGAAAUUUCUGUCUUCAGCUUGUCAAGUAAUGAUUUGUAGUAUGCUCCAUUCAUAUAUUUUUCUUUUUUUCAAAAUGAUUAAGAAAAUACCAUGACUAUCCUAGAAAACAGUCACCACCACUUUCCCGGCCAAAGAAACAGUCUUUAAUAUAUAUAUUUUUUGACGUGAUAACGUCUUAUAAAUCAAUGAACACCGGCUGCACGCACGAAAAAGCAUGACUCAUUGUCACGUUCCGCCUGAGCCGAGCGUGCAAGAACCGGCCAAACACCGUGCGAGAAAAUCUUCUAUAAUAUCAAAAAGGUUAAGGCGGGUUUUUUAAAAGCAGCAAUUUAAAAAAUUUGAUAUGAAAUCACGUAAAAUUAUCGUCCAUAAACCGACUACAGACAACCCCCCCUUUAUUUUUGGGUUAAAAUCAAGGCAUUUUUAAGUAUUUCAUAACUAAAGCUAUAGCAUAAUUUUAACAGUGGUUAUUGCUACAAAAAGAUCAUUAUUAUUGGCUGUGAUUUCUCAGAUCUCACACAUGUGAUGGAAUGACUAUCAGUAAUGACUUGAGACCAAACCCACGGAUGAUUGGGAAUUCAUUUGCUAUAAAUAUUACAUGUUCUGCAAUCCACCACAGUAAGAAUGUGAUUUAAAAUCCUACAUGUAUGUGCUAUAGCAAUAAGGUUUUUUUGAAGUAAGCAUUGAAACUUAUCCAAAUAUCGCAAAGCAUGAUAAAGAAUUUCAUUGGUUGUCUAAUAAAUGUUGUUGCAUAUUUACAUACAUGCUCAAAUUAACUUCAAGUUAUUUUACUAUAGUGUGUGUAUAUUGCAGAAACUUAUUUUAAAAACUAGUUUUUCUACUGGUAAUUUAAAAGUGUUUGGGUAUCAUCACGAAACUUAACAGCAGCCUUUAAAAUAUCUCGUACUUAAUGUAGGUACAAUGUACGUGUUAACGGUUACAAUGCUUUGACAACAUUUAUCACACAAAACACAAAAAUUACUACAUUAAAAAGUUACAACUAUUUAUGGUUUUUUAUGUCUAUUAUUUUAAAAUUAGGUAUAGCAUCUAGUUACUUUAUAUUUAUUUAUUAUAUUAUUUUAACAUUUUAAAAUUAUCACAAUUAAAGUAAAUAUGAUAUCUAAGAAUUUAUGAAUCUGGAAACCUAUCCUUGUUCAUCUUAUUUACAGUGUUGUAUUGGGAUUUAAGUAUAUGUAAUAAAUGUAAUUAUGGUUUAAAAAAUUUUUGUAUUUGUGUAUUGCAUGUUAGUAAUUAUUUUAUUAACUAGUUAGUAGAUAAAUGAUUAAUAAUUGUGCUAUAUUAUUUGUUUUUGUAUUUUAAUGCACUCUCUUAACCACUUUGUCAAUUCAUACUAAGUCUUGUGAAUAAUUAUCUGAACUUUGUUUGUAUAGGUAUAAGUUUUUAUAUAUACACAUAUGUUUAUAUAACUAUGUAUGUGCUUCUUUGUGUGUGUGUGUGUGUGUGUGUGUAUUGGUUAGCCCAUGGUUUCAACUUGAAUGUUGUGUAAUGAUAUACUUGCAUUAUCAUUGUUUCAUAUUUGCCUGUAAGUAAAAUAUUUCUAGAUUUUUCAGUAAUCUUUUGUUGGAGUUUUCAAAUUUAGAAAUCAAAAUAUUUUGAAAUAUACUUGCAGACCCUUAAAGUGAAUUGAGUCAAAUUUGUAUUCUAUGAAAAUCAACAAAUCUGAAAUGUUACAUAUUGUAGUGUCUAUCAUAAACGUAACAUAUUAUAGAUCCUCAUUUAAGAUUUUGUGUAUGUAAUGAUGAGUUUUUGAACAUGAAGCAAUGUUAUUGCGAUAGUCUUAUUCAUCAAGUACUGGUCUACUCUUUUUAUAAAACUUGGGGCAGUGGGUGUGUUAAAUUGUUUUGUACUUUUAUUAUUACAUUUGACAUAACUGUAUUUUUGAAAUAAAAUUUUAAUUAAAAGAUUA